UGCUGCUGUUUUGACAAGGCCUUUAUUGUUCCAAAGAAGAAGAGAAUGGAUGUAAAGAGCAGGAAGCCAGGCAUUAGAUGAUAGAGGCUUGACGGGAUGCCUGUGUCAUGGGCACAGAGGGCGAGGCGAACGAGAAGACAAGCACAGAUGAAGAUUCAUCUCAGCCGGAAGCUGCCAGUAUCGCAGAUGUGUCCGUGGAGGUUUCCACAGUGGACCACACUCUGCAGAAGAUCUGCAGGAAGUACAGGGAGACCAGACGAAAGCCUAAAGGUCUCCAGAGGCUGUGGGCCCACCUGCUGAGCAUCCCCCACCUCACUGUCAUCAUCACAGCCGUGGUGUUUGUGGUGGUGGUGAUCAUGUGGUCACUGCUGUGGGUCUUCAUUUUUCGCAGGGAAAGCAACAGUGGAGCGUAUUUUGCCGGGAUGUUCCGCGUUGCCAACGUUGAGUUUAUCCCUGAGUACCGCCAGGCAGAGUCCAAUGAGUUUGUGUCCAUGGCUAACAAAAUACAACACGUGGUGAGCAAUGUGUACAAGAUGUCUUCGGUGGCCCGACUCUACAAGCAAGCUGUCAUUUCAGACCUCAGUAACACCAACAAGGGCGGCGUGCUGGUGCAUUUCUGGAUGGUGUUUGUUGUCCCUCGACUAAAGAGCCCUGCAGUGUGUGAGGAGUGUGUGGGAGCCAUCUUUAGGGACUCAGUCCACACCAGCAUGAAGAACAGGUCCAAUGUAGGCUACCUGCUGGGCCUCCCCGUGGAUUUAGACUCCAUCCUCAUUAAUGCCGUUCAGCGAUCAGAUUACUCAUCAAAUGGAGCAAGCUCACAGUGUGUCGACAAGCUGCAUGCCAGCCUUCCUGGAGGGAGCGUCCCUUUAAACGUCUUCUCCUCAUGGGGGGGUGUGAGCUGCCAUGUGAAGCUCACCUCAGUGCCCGGCUCUCUGAUCCGCCUCACCGUCACCUCGUUCCUCAUCGAGCCCAGCGACUGUGUGAGCGACGCUCUGACGGUGUACGACGCUCUGCUGCCCAUGAGAGGGCGCAUUCUGCACAGGCUGUGUGAGCCGGUGUCCAGCUCCUUCUCCCUGGUGUCUACCUCCAAUGUCAUGCUGCUGUCCUUCAGGAUCACCAAUGGCAACAAGAGCUUCAGAGGACACUUUGAGGCCAUCACUGAAGAAAGCAAGACACAUUUACCUUUGUGUAUGUCUCAAAUUGAGACCCACGUAAAGCCUCACAUCAGCGAUCAAAUCUACAGCCCCUUCCACCCCAGCCUCCUGCCCCCCCAGUGCUUCUGCUCCUGGAAGUUUCAGACCCCUAACAGUGCUUUAGGAGUUGCACUGCAGUUUCAGAACUAUGUAUUGACCCCAAAGAGCAUGAAGGGCUGUGAACAAGGCUGGUGGAAGGUCAAUGAAAUCAUUUUCUGCGGCAGCUACGUGGGACACAGCACGGUGUUUCGGAUCGCUGACCACAGCCCAGAGGUGGAGUUUCGCUGCAGCUCACGUAACUCUGCUCAGCCUUUCCAAGCGUCGCACAGCAGCUUCAAUAUCAGCCAACCCUGUCCAGAGAGCCACUUCCUGUGCUCCACGGGACUGUGUGUGGAGAAGAGUCGACGCUGUGACGGCCUGGACGACUGCCAGGAUGAGAGUGACGAGGCCUUCUGCUCAAAGCCUACGAAGAACUGUGGGGGCAGCAGUCCUCUGCAUCCUCUGUUCGUAUGCAAUGGAGAGAUAGACUGCACCAAUGGAAUAGAUGAGAUGAACUGCACUCAGGAAACGACCUGCUCCGCGAUCAGGUAUCAGUGCAGCAGUGGCUCCUGCAUCCUGAAGAAGAACGCCAGGUGUGACGGUGUUCACGACUGUCAGGACCGCAGCGACGAGGCGGACUGCGCAUGUGGUCGUCCCUCCCUGGUGAAGAAGGUGGACUCCUCGACAGGUCGUAUCGUGGGGGGGGAUGACUCUGCUGAGGGAGAGUGGCCGUGGCAGGUCAGCCUCCACUUCUCUGGGAACCUGCACUGCGGGGCGUCUGUCCUCUCCUCUGAUUGGCUCAUCUCAGCUGCACACUGCUUCAGCAAGGAGAGGCUGUCUGACCCGCGGUUCUGGAGAGCCCACCUCGGCAUGCUGACUCAGGGCGGUGCCAAACACACGGCGGAGAUCCAGCGGAUCGUGGUGCACGAGUACUACAACGCGUACACGUUCGACUACGACAUCGCCCUGCUGCAGCUCAAGAAGCCGUGGCCAGCCUCCCUCCGCCCGCUGGUGCAGCCGGUGUGCCUGCCCCCCCCCUCACACACCGUCACCGACAGCCACCGCUGCCUCGUCACCGGCUGGGGGUACCGCUCUGAGGAGGACAGAGUGCUGCCCUCAGUGCUGCAGAAAGCCGAGGUGUCCCUCCUGAGCCAGACUGACUGUAAGAAGAGCUAUGGACCCGUGUCCCCCCGCAUGCUGUGUGCCGGGGUCCCCUCCGGAGAGAGGGACGCCUGCAGGGGGGAUUCAGGGGGUCCUCUGUCCUGCCAGGCGCCGGGCGGGGGUCGCUGGUUCCUCAUUGGCAUCGUCAGCUGGGGUGCGGGCUGUGGGAGACCGGGCCUACCGGGGGUCUACACCAGGGUCAACAAGUUCACCUCCUGGAUCUACAGCCAUAUCAGUGAACGGGAGGCGGUGAAAGCCCACUGCCUCCGAGCCGCUCAGGGAGAGGGGGAGUUGAAGGAGCCCACCCAGCCACUGAGCCCCCCCACGAAGCCUGAGGAUGGGGCGGAGGAGAAGGUGGAGGGGGGGAAAGCUCCAGCCUCCUGGAGGAGAUGGAUGUUCGGCGUCCUGCCUUUAUUUCCCCUCGCUGCUGCCAUUGCACUGACUCUCCACUUCCUAACAUCUCCACCUUCCUCAGUGUUCUUCCUCGGGGGCAGCGUGGAGUUCCCAAACCUGAGCUUCACCUCGGAGCUGACGGACUCCUCCUCCCCUCAGUUCCGCCUGCAGGCUCAGGCUUUGAACCACUAUCUUUGUCCUCCUCCUACCUCCAGUGUUUUGUCCCCACUUAACUCUCCUCUGCCCCUCUCUCUGGUGGUGUUAAAUGUAAAGCUGAAACUGGAGCUGGGCACAGUCAGUGUGCGAGUUCCCCGGACCCCCAGAGACCCGAGCCUUUCAGGGCCGAGGACAAGCCCGGCGUUUUUUUCAGAACUCUACGAGUCCUCGCCGUGUAGCUCUUACUACGUGAACUCAGGAAUUACUGCCUUCAGUGAAGGAGCUGAAGGACUGAAUGUCUUCUACUGGAGUAAGUUCUCCGCCCCGGACGAUGUUGCCGUGGCGAUCCGGAGGUCGGGUCCAGAGAGGUUUCAGCGCCGGCUCCCCGGCAGAAACAAGGUGCAGCAGGACAGCCGCAACGAGCAGCGCUACUACAUGGAGCAGGACGACGACAUGCUCCACCUGCUGGGUUUGGACCCUGACGACUUUGAAGUAGAUGAAAAAUCUGACAAGAGUAAGAAUCCAAACAGCUUCCAGAGCGGGAAGUGGCAGCUUGGCUUCCAAGCGAUGUCCUUUGACCUCUACGCCAAAUACGGCAACAACCGCACCCUGAGCCUGGUGAAUCCCAAGAAGCCGUACUACCAGUGGCGUCUCCGCGUGCCCUCGGGUCACGUGGUCCGCCUGGUCGUCCUCACGCUGCACGGUGCCACGCCGGGGAGCUGCACCGCCCACAAGCUCUCCGCCUACGACUUCCUACUGCCAUUACAGAACAAGAUAAUCGCAAGGUGGUGUGGGCUUCCUAUUUCCCGUUCGUCUCCCGUCAUGAAGCUGACGUCCUCUGGGAACGUGAUGUUGGUCACCUUCUCCUUCAGCAGGCAGAGGGACGGAGCCAUCUUCAAAGCUUACUUCCAAGCCAUCCCAAAAGCAGGCUGUGGAGGGUCCAUUUCCUCCUGGAACGGCUCCAUUUCCUCCCCGUACUACCCCUCCUAUUACCCCCCUAACAUAGACUGCACCUGGACUCUACGGACGCCGUUGCCAGGAUACCUGAUCUCCAUGACGAUUGUGAUGAUGGACAUUCAGGACGCCUCGUCUGAUGGAUGUGAGAAAGACUGGCUGGACAUCGGAGGGGUCAAGCUGUGUAACCCAGUGUCGGACAGCAGCAGGAAGCGGGUGUACUCCUCUCCCAUCUCCCUCCACUUCCAUUCAGAUGAGUCUCUCACUCACAAGGGCUUCUACCUGCUCUACCGAGCCUUCUCUCCAGAGGGCACCUGUCCUCGGCAGUUUCGCUGUGGAGACGGACGCUGCGUCCCUCUGAGGAAGGUGUGUGACAAAGUGAAGGACUGCUCAGACGGACGGGACGAGGCUAAAUGCUCAUCCUGCAGGCCAGGUGAAGUGCAUUGUGGGAACGGCCAGUGUAAGCCUCAGAGCAGCCAGUGUGUGAUUCAGAGCAGCAACUGUGCAGACAGCAGCGAGGAGGGCAGCUGUGGAGGUAAAUGUUACCACGUGUGCCCCAACAAGGUGUGUCUGCAGAAGUCUUCUGUGUGUGACGGUGUUGUUGACUGUAAAGACCGCAGCGAUGAGCUCAACUGUACCAGAGCGUACUUUAAAGGCUGCUCCUCCUCCUCGUACAAAUGUUCCAAUGGGAAGUGUGUGAGUAAGGUUAACCCCGAGUGUGACGGAGCAAAAGACUGCUUUGACGGCUCUGAUGAAAUGCGCUGUGGCUGUGGCACCAGGCCCAGGAAGAGGACUAAGAUCGUGGGGGGCUCUGAUGCCGGGGCGGGGUCCUGGCCGUGGCAGGUCAGCCUCCAGAUGGAUCGGUACGGUCACGUCUGUGGAGCCACGCUGGUGGCUAACCGCUGGCUCAUCUCUGCAGCUCACUGCUUCCAGGACUCAGACGCCAUAAAAUACUCAGAGGCCCGUGCGUGGCGGGCCUACCUGGGGAUGCGUGUGAUGUCUGUAGGAAGCAGCGGCGCAGCCACCAGAACGAUCCGCCGCAUCCUGCUCCACCCGCAGUACGACCAGUUCACCUCCGACUACGACAUCGCCCUCCUGGAGCUCAGCGCCCCCGUCUUCUUCAACGACUUGGUGCAGCCCGUGUGUGUUCCUGCGUCCACACACAGCUUCACGACAGGCACCAACUGCUACGUCACAGGGUGGGGGGUGCUCAUGGAGGACGGUGAGCUGGCCUCUCGCUUGCAAGAGGCCCCGGUGAAGAUCGUCAACAGGAACACGUGUAACAAGCUGUACGACGACGCUGUCACUGCCAGGAUGCUUUGCGCUGGGAACCUGCAUGGAGGGGUGGACGCCUGCCAGGGAGACUCAGGAGGCCCGUUGGUGUGUCUGGAGCGAGGCCGCCGCUGGUUCCUGGCGGGGAUCGUGAGCUGGGGCGAGGGCUGCGCGCGGCAGAACCGUCCCGGCGUCUACACCCAGGUGGUGAAGUUCACCGCCUGGAUCCACCAGCAGACUAAAGGACAGGUGUGACUGAACACCACACUGACAUGAAGAAUAAAACAAACAGUCUUAACACACAGGACAGAGGUCUCAGACCUGGAGUCCAUCUUCAGACGGUUGUCGUGAUUUCACGGCAACACAUUCAGUCCGUUUUUGGGAGCGUGUCCAUGGCAACGGGCCAGCACGGGCCAUCCUCUCUGCUCAAACAACCAGCUUCCUCAAAAUUGACAUCGGCUAUGGCAAAAAUAGGUAACCUGUUUAUUUUUACUUGAUUAUGGGUCGUUUAGCAUAAAUGGAAGAAUUCAUUUGAAGGAAAAACCCCAACCGCACUCUGUUAAAGUAUCCUAUACACUAAGCUUCUUUAAUGUAAACUAACUGAUCUGUGGGUCAAUAUUUAAUUCUUAAGUCAGGCCAAAGUAUGAUAACUAGCCAGGUUAUCUUGUGCAUAUAAAUGUAGCUGAGUACUUCCUGUAUUCCCUGUCACAGCGAUGGUUCACUAUAGUGUCCGAUCAGGUGUUGCCAACAACAAUCACUGUGGAAAGAGUUCUCUCCGGACACACACAUGUAACCGUAUAUUUCUCAUCUACAUUCGUCCAUGUACUGUAUGUGUGUGUUCAUGUUUGUGGUUAUUGUACUGUACUGUAUGUAUGUGCAUUUCAUGAGUUGAGUCGUAGCAUUAUGUCCAAUAUAUUCUGUAAUGGUAGAGAAGUGAAUAAUCCCUCAAUAGGAGGUGAUAAUAUAUUUUGCAUUUCAGUUUGAUUUAAUUUAUCUUUACGGUGCCUCCUUUAUACUUUAUGCUCCGUGAACAGCGUGACGCCUACUCCCCUUUAAACUCUGAUGCUGCCUUAAGAUUCAGAUCAAUAUAAGAUCAUUUUAUACCAAUAUUUUCUACGCAGACGCACAUGCAUGUUCCUGUUCCUCCCAUCAGCACACAUCACCACCCUGUGGCCAAUCAAUGCACACAAUUUUUUAUUUCAUGUCCUGAGGGAAUAAUGCAUUUUACACCCAAAGGAUGUAGGGUUUGAAUCAUUGAUAAGGAUACCAGAUAAUAUGCUUUUACAUUAAAGAAACCAU